AGCGGUGUGUGAUUGACUAAUUGAUUACUCGAUUGGAUUUAUGUGCCUUCCGUUAUCGCGCCUCGUUAACCCCGGUAUCUCCCUCCUCGCUUGAUCCUUUUGUCAGUGGACAAAAGUGCGGUUUUAGCGGGUGCGUGGUCACGUGAGAUGAUUCCCGUCACUUUUCAACACUCACUGCGGGGUGGAUUCAAUGGCAAGUAGGGUUGGAUAAUUUCGGGUUUUUCGAGGUUUUUGACGUAUAUGUAUUAUAUAAACCAAGUAGUUUACGGUAGAAUAUUAUAUGUAGAACGUUACGUUACCAGGGUAAUAUAACGCACUGAAAUUUCUAUUUAUCCCUACCGAACCCUGAUAGCAAGGCUCAAGUUAUGUUUAUAUCAGAAGGAAAACAAUGCUCUGCGAAAUGGUGGGAAAUUAGGGGAAAGUGGAAAAGGGGGAUAGACGGUCGGGGGAUCCUUUUUCCUUGGAAGUUUUCGUUUGGUCAUUUUGGCCAGGUUCGAAAAGCGGCAACGCUGUUCCGGGGUACGGUCGGAGGGGUCGGGAAAAAGCGGUCAACCGGUGCCGAAAACCCUCAGUUUCAGUCGUCCGGGCGGCGCGUUACGGUCAUUAGUAAACAAACGUAGAAGGGAGCACUCGGUCGAGCAUCCCGAACACCGCGUUGUGGCUGCGCGAGACCGUCCUUCCGACCGUGCUGGAACGCCCAACAACGGCAGCAGCCCUUAGACAACUCGAGCCAACCGAAGCAGCAGCAGCAGAACCAAGGAUCGAACCACUCCGCUGGAAGGGACUUUGGCAGGUUCCGCAACAUGACCGAUCAACACGAACAACAGCAGCAGCAACAGCAACACCCACAGCAACAGCAGCAGCACCAACAGCAGCUUCAACAGCAGCAACAUAACCAGCAGCAAAACAAGGACGAGGAUGAACCACGUACCAACCUCAUUAUUAAUUACCUCCCUCAAAGUAUGACGGAGAAGGAGCUCUACAGCAUGUUCGUGACGAUCGGACCGGUAGAGUCCUGUCGAGUCAUGAAAGACUAUAAAACUGGAUACAGUUACGGAUUUGGUUUCGUGAACUACACGAAAGCAGAAGAUGCUGCGACUGCUAUAAGUACGUUGAACGGACUGCAAGUGCAGAACAAACGGCUGAAGGUGUCCUUCGCACGUCCCUCCGGAGAAGAGAUCAAGGAAACGAAUCUUUACGUUACAAAUCUUCCAAGAAAUAUAACGGAGAGCCAGAUCGAUGACAUCUUCAGCAAGUAUGGAAACAUCGUGCAGAAGAACAUCCUCAAGGAUAAACUGACCGGACUGCCCCGGGGCGUCGCCUUCGUUAGAUUCGACAAAAGGGAGGAGGCCCAGGAGGCGAUCGCCCGGCUUCACGGCACCGUACCCGAGGGAGGCUCAGAGCCGCUCAGCGUGAAAAUCGCCGAGGAACAUGGAAAACAGAAAGCGGCGUACUACGCGGGCUGGCAAGCCGGCUACAACCAGAGUCGUGGAAGAGUGAAAGACGGUCCAGCAGCGAGGAUCAAAGGUGCUGGUCGAGGUCGAGGGGGUCCCCCCCCACCGCCGGGCAUGGGGAUGGGCCUGGGGGGCGGGCCAAUGAUCGGCCGGGGGGGCGGCUUUGGACCCCGCGGUGGCCAUCAUGGCAGUUUCCUCGGAGGCGGCAGUGGGGGAGGUGGUGGCGGCCCGGGAGCUAUGAGGAUGGAGAAGAUCCACCCGCACCGGUUCAACCCCAUCGGCAUGGGCGGCGGAUACGUGCAGCCUCACUUCUGGUGACCGGACUCCCCGCGUCCAAGGGCUCGGCGCCCCUACGACCGCUGACUCGGCGACGCGCCGCCCAUGGGGCGACGCCGGCCUCCGGGAGCGUCCCGAGUAGCGCCCCCGCGUCGCCCUGUCGUCGUUCGGUUCGUUUCCGUUCGUUCCUUCGUUCGUGCGUUUCGGUCCCCGUUUCUUCCCCUCCCUUUGCUGCGCGGUCACGCGGAGGUUGCCUUUUAAGGAGGGGGCUCGUAGGUUAACGGUUGCCGGAUUUCGAGAGUUAGUUUGGUAGUGGAUCCGCGCCGAGCGUGCGCGCGCACGCCCGCCGAUCACGUGACCGGUCACGCCGCCAUCUUGCUUUUUUUCAACCGUCGACGAAGAAGGGAAAUCGCUUCCUAAGGAAAUUCCUGUUACCACGCGUCACUUUAGGCACGCUAGUUCGGAUAUUAGGUAAUGAAGGUUAUGAAUUGUAAAAUUAUUGGUGGCGGUAUGUCUCCCGUCGCGUGUUCUGCGUUUAAAUUGCUGUAAGAUAUUGUAUCGUCGAAUUGUACCGAUCCUUUGAUCGAUCGCGGAUCCCUGUAUUUCGGGCGUGCAUGCGUAUGGAAUUUCGGACAGAUCUCUGCACCGACUUUGACAAAACGAGAGAGAAAGAGAGUUAGAGGCGAGAAACCACGGCAGUGUAAAGUCACGGCGCAGGAGUCUUAGAAUUCUUGUAUAAACUAUGGCGUCGGUUUACCGGACCGCAGGUUGGCGUAAUAGAGGGAGACUUUCUUUUUCAUUUUUUUUUCUCUUCUCUUCGUAUAGUUAACGCAGUAGAGGCCGCGACAAGGUUUACGGUUGAGAUCGUUGCGCCUCGGUUUUUAAUUAUUAGGCGGGAUUUUUCAAGUUCUCUCUCUCGAGAGAGUUCGCGCACUUUGCCGACCCCAGGUCGAUUUCGCAUCUCGCGGCUCUUCUCAUGUAUUAAGCAGAUAUUUGUAUUAACACAAUCAAUUGGUUAACGUCGAAAUCCCUCGACUUACUGGCGAUAUUCGGGACUAUCUCGCCGGGGCGAAAUAGUCCCUGGAAAAAUGGCUCGGGCUUCUCAGGAAAUUCCGUCGCCCGUGUUUCGCUUCGCGGAGGUCAGCGGGUCCGCGUGUUGUACAUUUUCUUUUUUAAACCGAUAACGUUUAAUCCACGGUAUACAUGUGUGUAUCUGUAGGGCUGUUUUAUUGAGGGGGACGUUGGGAAUGGCACUGGAGAGACAGUGAGCCAGUAAUAAAUGAUUAUACGAACUCGUGUGCAUCGGAUGCAUCAUGCGUGCACACGAGAUGCAAUCCGCGAAACGCAUGCAACGUCGACCCGAUCAGGACCCGAGAAUAAUGACGAUCCUAGAACAAUUGUCACGAUUUAUAUACGUAUGUAAUUAUCGGAAAUUAGUGGGCAAACAUCCGUCGACCUGCGACACGACUAGGAUAUCUCCGAUCCGGUGGCGAGAGUCUCCUUGCCGGAAUCUAUGGAAGUAACCGCGAUAUGUCCGGAGAGAACGUCUUUGUUAAUCUACAAGCACUCCAAAAUGCGAACCUAUUGUCUGGCAGGGGGCGAAAACAUAUUAAGAUCAGGUUGCACAUUAAAAACGCAUUAAUUCAGCGCGUAGCAUAUGCUUCAAGAAACAUUUGAUGCACCUAUAUUCCGGGAGAUUCCCUUUAUGUAGAUCUAUGUACACGCAGCAAGUGUUUGUUGCAUUAAGGGGGUGUGAAAGUGGCGUAGAAGAG